AUGGGUAAGACUAAAAAUAGUUCAGGAAAUACUGGUAAAGGCAAAGCUAAUAAAAAAACUACGGACGAUGACGAUGGGGAAUCAAAGUCCGGAAAGACCGGGAAACUAAAGGCGGCCAACAGUGUAAAGGUUAGACAUAUUCUAUGUGAGAAACACUCCAAGAUCAUGGAAGCCAUGGAAAAAUUAACUGUGGAAAAUAUACGAUUUGAUAAG